AUGUCCCCACAUGAAGCUCUGUACGAGAGGAAGUGUAGAUCGCCUAUUGGAUGGUUCGAAGUGGGAGAUACAAAGUUAGUGGGCCCAAACUUGAUUCAGCAAGCGAUAGAGAAGCUUAAGCGUAUUCAGGGUCGACUACUAACAGCUCAAAGUCGUCAGAAAUCCUAUGCAAACAAUCGUCGGCGAAACUUGGAAUUCAAAGUUAACUACUGGGUAUUCUUGAAGCCAGUGUUUCACGUGUCCAUGCUUCGCAAAUGUGCUGGAGACCCUUCCAGGAUUGUGCCUAUUGAUGAUGUACAAGUCACUGAAAAACUGUCUUAUGAUGAAGUACCCGUUGCUAUUCUGGAUAGGCAAGUUCGAAGGCUUAGAACUACGGACGUAGCUUCAGUCAAAGUCUUGUGGAGGAAUAAGAACAUGGAAGAGAUAACUUGGGAAGGAAUUAUGGUCCAGGAUACAGCGAUGUCAUCUUUAGUAGCGGAGAUAAAGGAACGCCAGUAUGAAGAUCCUAGUUUAGUCCAUUAA